UUUUCUUCUUCAUCCUCCACCUAGAGUACCCUCUUUUCUCUUCUCUUUUCUUCUUCUUCCCCUUUCCAUUUGUCAGUUUUGUUCUCACCUCUCUUUGUUUUUUUUUUCCUCCUCAAGUGUGAAAAGGGGAAUAAUAAAUAAAUCCAAUAAAAAAAAAGAAAAAAAGCAUCCACAACAAAACAUGGGAUGGGGUGCUUUCUUUGCUUAUUCUCUCAGUUAGUCAUCCUUUGAUAUUUUUUCUGAUAGAUCGGUGUUGUUUCGUUUUGUUCCUAUCUGCUAAGCUGAGUGAGCGUGUUCCUUGCUGCUUUAUUGAGGAAUUCCUUUCGUAUAUUUAAUUUGAGUUCGGAAACUUUUACAUAUCUCCAAUGCAAGGGCAGAGAGGUACAAUUGGUUCCUUGCCAGAAACCAUAGAAUUUGAUUGUGGAUCUACAUCAAGUGCUGCUACAGUUGAACCACAUAUAUUCUGGAAUAAUAUGCGGAAUCCUGCAGAAAAUCAAUUUGUACUUUCCCCCAGUGAUAUAAACCCAUCUCACAUGAAUUCUAUAAACAAUGAAUGGCAGAACUUGAGUGGAUGGAGCAUAGGUGAGCCAAGUUCCAGUAAUACACAGAAUGGGGUUGCCAACAAUGAGCAGAAAAGAGAGCUAGGAUUAUUGUCUUCAUUAAGUUCCGGUGCUAUAGCUGGUCCAAGACUUGAAGAAAGGCGCUUUGAAUCAAACAAUGCCUUUUCAUUGGACAACGUCAAUACAAGUCCUAUGCAUAUACGCAGCUCCAGUUCUCACUUGGUGCCACAGAACCUCAACUUAAACGCAAGUUUAGCCGAUAGUGGUACUGAUAACAGCUAUCAUGUGGAACGACCUCCUAGCUUGAUCAAGUCUAGUGGACCGUUAAAUGAGCAUGUUGCACCAACAGUUGGUUCUGGUCCUUUUCUGCUUCCUUCUGGAACUGCUAAUGGCUUUUUAGGUGAGGAAACUGAUGGUAGGCCAGGUUGUUCUCUAGACACCCGCCGUGUAUCUUGUAAAAGAAAGGCUGUUGAACGAAAUGUUGGACAAUCUUCAGAUGGUGGAAGUUCUAGCUAUAGUCAGCAUACAGAUGGUAGUACUUGGAACACUCUUCCUACUCAGGCUUAUGGGGGGAUCAGUUUUAACAGAUCUGCCCCAACGGAUCAGGUAAAUGCGAGACUUGGCCUGAGUACGGGGGAUGGAUCCUCUGAAAGCAUUCCUGUGUCAAAUGUAGCAAGAAGCUCAGGAAGUUUCCACAGAAAUUUUCGUCCGAGGACAAGUCCUUCAAGUCAACAAAUUUCUGUUCCUCCCACUGCAAUCUCAAGUGGGAAUGUUAUUAGGAGUUCUGGUGUUUCAUCACCCUCUCCUAUAUUGCAACGAUUUCAUCCUGUUGAUAAUUCUUUUGACUUGAGGGCAGUGCCACCUGUUGAUACUAUGGUUCCUCAAAGUCAGCCCCUUGUUAUUCAUGUUCCUGCUUUACCAAGGAAUGCACAGUCAUUCAGGUGGAGUGGUGGUUCCAGUUCAACAAACAACCAUUCCUCAAACUCAGUUAUGUGUGCAGAUAGAAAUAAUCUACCAAAUGAGGAAGCAAGCUCAAGAAGUAUGCCUAGAAACAUUAUAGAAUACCCAAUGUUUGUGCCUGCAACCAACUUAAGAAACGUUGUUCGGAAUCCAGCUAGAACUUCAAAUAAUGCAAAUUUAAGUAUUCCAGGAAAUGUUGGUUCUUCAUCGCGGACAGGCUCAAAUCCAGCUGUCAAUCCACCACCUGCCUCGGCGUGGGUUUCUCGCCCUAAUCCUCAGCAGUAUCCGCGCAGAUUAUCUGAAUAUGUUCGUCGGUCCUUGUUUUCUCCUGGUUUGGAAGCUGCUGGAAGUUCAAGCAAUAGUUAUACUCCCUUCCGUGGUCCUCCUACUUCAUCUGAAUCAAGGGGACUGUCAUCUGGGGUAAACCCGUUCGAGAGGCAAGGUGAUAGUGAAUUUGGAAUUCCAUAUUCGUUACAAUCUUUGGUUGUUGCUGGUGAAGGAAGUAGUAGACUUGUAUCUGAGCUGCGCAAUGUGUUGGGCCUCAUGCGUAGGGGUGGGAACCUGCGAUUUGAGGAUGUUAUGAUCCUUGACCCUUCAGUGUUCUCUGGAAUUGCUGAUAUUCAUGAUCGACACAGGGAUAUGCGACUUGAUGUGGAUAACAUGUCCUAUGAGGAGCUAUUGGCUCUGGAAGAACGCAUUGGAAAUGUGAGCACUGGAUUAAGUGAGGAGAUUGUAUCGAAACUUUUGAAAAAGAAGAAGUAUUCAGCUGAACCAGAUUCUCAGCAUGAGGCAGAACCAUGCUGUGUUUGUCAGGAGGAGUAUAAAGAUGGGGAUGAUUUAGGAUCACUGGAUUGUGGGCAUGAUUACCAUAGAGAUUGUAUUAAACAGUGGCUAAUGCAUAAGAAUUUGUGUCCCAUUUGUAAGACAACGGGCUUGGCAACCUGAGACUUGUAUCAAAAAUAUUUUCAUAUUUUCUCUUAGAAGAUGAACAUUGAGGUCAAGGAAAGUGGCACAAUUUAAUCAGAAAAUUCUGCUGAAUUGUAGCUGAAGUCUCUGGUGCUUUGCUGCUUACUAAAUGGCCCAUCUUCUUAAGCCUUAGCCAAAUUUCUUAUUAUCAAAUUUUUUGUUUACUUGUAGAAGCCAAUGAUCUCCGGUUAAAGUGACACAUGAGAUGAUUGGUGUGGUGGAUAAAGGAACAUUUCUUAACUGUAGUUGACAAGGCUUGUUUUACAUUUAUGAAAUUUUUUAUACAUUGCUCAUAUUAUUUUU